AUGGACCAAGGUGCCGAUGCUUUAUUGCAAGCCGCCGGCGAAGGAAGUUCUCCGGACGAGGAGUUGAGCGAGGUUGACGUGGAUGGAGACGGGUCAAGUAGCUUGAGCGACAUUGAAGACAAAGAUGCCGAGCAUGACGAAGACCAAGACGGAUCGGAUGCCCUUAGCAAUCCCUCUGACGAUGAGAAUGACUCUGAGGCUGAGACUGAGCGGCUCGAAGAGUCUCCUCAGAAAUCUCGACCACACCAGGACGUCGUCCUAAGCUUACACAACGACAUUCAACACACGCCAAGCAAGCUUCACAAUCAAAUUACCGCAGACGAUCAAGACGACGAAGAGGAUGACGAUCCAUUGUCUGACGCCGAACUCUCCCUGAACGAAUCUCCCGAAUCGCCCAAAAGCUCUGUUCACGACGACGCAGCAGUCGACCCUCCAACCGCCCCGACAUCGCUUGAAGAUGGGGCUAUUGAGAGCAAGAAUCUAUUAUCAGUGGUCGAGGCCGAUACGAGAAAACGGAAACGUUCCAUAAUGGCAGGUAGUGGGCUGGAGGACGAUAUCGAGGAACCCUUGCGCAAACGCACAGGUUUUAUAAUGGGCACAGGCGAUGGGUAUGCAAUCGAAGAAGACAACCACCACGACGAGGAAGUCGAUACAUCACAUCCGAUCAGCGGAAACAUAUCUGCGGACGAAGGUGGGGCAGCGCAAGAAGAAGAAGCCACCGAAGAAAUCGAGGAAGAAGUCAUCGCCGAGAGCGAGGCUCCCGAGGCAGUCAAUAUACUUGUUUCACCGAAGAGAAGAGGCCGUAAGAAGAAGAAGGUUGUUGAGAAUGGUGUUAGUACCCAGGACGGGGACAUUGCUUUAGAAGCAGUGAAUGGCGACGACGAGGCCAGAAAAGCCGAGGAUGAAAAUGCAGAGAAUGAAGGAGAUGAUGAAGCAGAAGCCGCGCAGAAGAACGAGGAAGAACGUAAGUUGAGAGAGAAUUGGUUGUUGCGAUGGGAUGCUGAUUCAAUCUUAGUCGAGAGGAAGAGGAUUGCGCUGGACCAAUUGAGUUCGAUAGAAAGACAGUUUUCCACGUUUAGAGAUAGACUUCACGAGGAGCGUCUCGAGCAAUUGAACCGAGAGGAAGCGAUGCUUCGACAAGACAAGCCAACACACCCCGAAUAUUUAGCUAUGAUGCGUUGUAUAGAUGCGCGACGAGACGAACGGGUUCGGGUUGCCGAUACCUUAGAACAGUACCAGUUAAAAGCCCUGAGUAAUUAUGCUGUUGCAAAAAGGAGCCAGAUUCUUACUCAGUACAAACAAGAAGUACGAGAUACCCGAGAAAAGAAACUCGAACAGCUAGGGAAACAUUGGUAUGAAAUACAGCAUGACCGAAGGAGUUACGCUGGAAGCGUACCGGACUAUACAUUGAAGUUCCCAACGAACAAGCAACAACAGAUCAGAAAUCAAGUGGCCUACAGCAACGAAGUAUCAGUUCUUUCCGGUGUUGCGAAAUACGUGGGAUUUCCAGCUGCUCCAGCAAUGGCUUCAGCUACGGCGGCAGAGCUCGAUGAUGAUCUCGAAAAGAUGGGUCGAACAAAACACGCUCACCAUGUUCCUCCAGCAGGCUUGCCAAUUCAAGAACUUGCAGCCCUUCGUACAGUAGGGUCUACUUCACGAUUUAAACCUGCUGAAGAGCAAUUCAUCGAACAAACACCAUGGGCGAACCCUCAACACCCUUCACACGCGCACCUUCUUCAAAGACAGACCUCGGCUCAACAAACACCACGAACAACGAGCCCUUUCUCCCAGAUGCAAGCGCAACGGCGACAUUCGCAUCAGCAGAGCUCAGGUGCUCCAAUUUCUGGUACAUUUUCAAGUACUUCUUCAUCAUUACUUCAGCAAUCGAAAGGCAUAUCCAUGUCUGGCGGCCGUAUAUCACCCCACAAUCCUUUCGGAAACUCUAAUCAUUCCCAUACUAUUGCUCCAUCACCAUUAGGAAGCCGUCAGACAUCAUUAUCACCACAGCAAAACCGUCCACCGCCUGUAUCUGAUCAACAUAAUGUAUCAAACUCAGACGGUCAUAAGACCAAUGGAACUCAGCAAUCGCCACCAGGAACUAAUCUAGACGUUCCACGCGACUUUCCACAGGAAGCGAGAAGGGAGCACGCAGCAUUGGUUAUGGGCCGUUUUUGA